UGCCUCCUCUCGCUACCCAGCCAGGCCCCACCUGGUCCCAGCCUCCUGGGAAGAAGGCUGUGGCCUGAAGACACCCAGGGUUCAGCUGAGUCUUGAGAAGGGCUCUGAAAUCUCUGCAUUCCCAAGAUUUCCUGUUCCUUUCCCCUCAUCCAGUUUCACAAACCCUCCCUCCCCUCACCCAUCUCUCCUGGGUUGGUUUCCCGAGUGGGACUGGAGACAGGAAAAGGAGGUAGGGGAUGUAUGAGCGCCAUCAUUUGUGUGUCAAGGACUAUGUGUCAAGGACUAAUACAAGACCAUGGUGGCUUUGUCAGUGGUCCUUGUUUUCCUGCUGGCCCUGAGCAGAGGUGAAAGUGAGUUGGACGCCAAGAGCUCAUCCCCACAGGAGGCCACAGUGUGGAGGGAUCCCAAUCUGUCCCUGCCAGGGUCCUGCCAGCCAGCUCCCUCCUGCCAAAAGUGCAUCCUCUCACACCCGAGCUGUGCAUGGUGCAAGCAACUGAACUUCACGGCGUCCGGGGAGGCGGAGGCGCGGCGCUGUGCUCGGCGAGAAGAGCUGCUGGCCCGGGGCUGCCUCCCGGAGGAACUGGAGGAGCCCCGCGGCCGGCAGGAGGUGCUGCAGGACGACCCGCUCAGCCAGGGCACCCGCGGCGAGGGGGCCACCCAGCUGGCGCCGCAGCGGGUCCGGGUCACACUGCGGCCGGGGGAGCCCCAGCAGCUCCCGGUCCGCUUCCUUCGAGCGGAGGGAUACCCCGUGGACCUGUACUACCUUAUGGACCUGAGCUACUCCAUGAAGGACGACCUGGAGCGCGUGCGACAGCUCGGGCAUGCGCUGCUGGUGCGGUUGCAGGAGGUCACCCACUCCGUGCGCAUCGGCUUUGGCUCCUUCGUGGACAAAACGGUGCUGCCCUUCGUGAGCACAGUGCCCUCCAAGCUUCGCCACCCCUGCCCCUCCCGGCUGGAGAGCUGCCAGUCACCCUUCAGUUUUCACCAUGUGCUGUCCCUCACUGGGGAUGCAGAGGCCUUCGAGCGGGAGGUGGGACGCCAGAACGUGUCUGGCAACCUGGACUUGCCCGAAGGUGGCUUUGAUGCCAUUCUGCAGGCUGCCCUCUGCCAGGAGCAGAUUGGCUGGAGAAAUGUGUCCCGCCUGCUGGUGUUCACAUCAGAUGACACAUUCCACACAGCUGGGGACGGCAAGCUGGGCGGCAUCUUCAUGCCCAGCGACGGGCACUGCCACUUGGACAGCAAUGGCCUCUACAGUCGUAGCCCAGAGUUUGACUACCCCUCCGUGGGUCAAGUAGCCCAGGCCCUCUCUGCGGCAAACAUCCAGCCCAUCUUUGCUGUCACCAGCGCCACACUGCCUGUCUACCGGGAGCUGAGUAAGCUGAUUCCCAAGUCUGCAGUGGGGGAGCUGAGUGAGGACUCCAGCAAUGUGGUGCAGCUCAUCAUGGAUGCUUAUAAUAGCCUGUCAUCCACUGUGACCCUUGAACACGAACACUCUCUUCUCCCUCCGGGGGUCCACAUCUCUUACGAAUCUCAGUGUGGGGAUUCUGAGAAGAGACAGGGUGAAGCUGGCGACCGGGGCCAGUGCAACGACGUCCGAACCAACCAGAUGGUGAAUUUUUUGGUUACCUUCCAAGCUACCCGCUGCCUCCCAGAGCCUCAUCUGCUGAGGUUCCGAGCCCGUGGCUUCUCCGAGGAGCUGACUGUGGAGCUGCACACGCUGUGUGGCUGUAACUGCAGUGACGCCCAGCUCCAGGCUCCUCACUGCAGUGAUGGCCAGGGGCACCUCCAGUGUGGGGUGUGCAGCUGUGUCCCCGGUCGCCUAGGUCGACUCUGUGAGUGUUCAGAGGCUGAGCUAUCCUCCCCGGAUCUGGAGUCUGGGUGCCGGGCCCCCAAUGGCACAGGGCCCCUGUGCAGCGGGAGGGGACAGUGCCAGUGUGGACGCUGCACCUGCAGCGGACAGAGCUCUGGACGUCUGUGCGAGUGUGAUGAUGCCAGCUGUGAGCGACACGAGGGCAUCCUCUGUGGAGGCUUUGGCCGUUGCCAAUGUGGAGUGUGUCACUGUCACGCCAACCGCACGGGCAGAGCAUGUGAAUGCAGUGGCGACACGGACAACUGUGUCAGUCCUGACGGAGGGCUCUGCAAUGGGCACGGACACUGCAAAUGCAACCGCUGCCAGUGCGAUGACGGCUACUAUGGCGCCCUCUGUGAUCAAUGCUCAGGCUGCAAGACACCAUGUGAGACACACAGGGACUGCGCAGAGUGCAAAGCCUUUGGGACUGGUCCCCUGGCUACGAACUGCAGCACAGCGUGUGCCCACGCCAACAUGACUCUGGUUUUGACCCCUACCCUGGAUGACAGCUGGUGCAAAGAGAGGACCCAGGACAACCAGCUCUUUUUCUUUCUGGCAGAGGAUGAAGCUGGAGGCAGAGUUGUGCUCACAGUGAGCCCUCCAGAGAAGGGAGCAGACCACACCCAAAUAAUUGUGCUGGGCUGUGUGGGGGGCAUCGUGGCAGUGGGACUGGGAUUGGUCCUUGCUUAUCGGCUCUCAGUGGAGAUCUAUGACCGCCGAGAAUUCCAUCGUUUUGAAAAGGAGCGGCAGCAUCUCAACUGGAAGCAGGACCACAAUCCUCUCUACCAAAGUGCCAUCACGACCACUGUCAACCCCCGCUUUCAAGAGGCAGACAGCCCCCUUCUCUGAAGUGGGGAGAGAAAAUCACUGCAGAGCUCUCCUUUGGGACAGAAGGAGUUGAGGCGUGGGCCAGGCUACAGCUUGGCAGGGGGCUGAUGCACUGCUGAGCAGAACCCCAUACUUCAUUCUCAGAGCGACACUGAAGGUCUGCCUACUGCUGAAACCUUGCUUCCCUACCUCACAAGGAGUGGGGGCUAUCCCACCCAGGUAUACAAUAAAGUCUUACCUGAGAGCA